GUUUCGCACCGCGAUUCGCGCCGCGAUUUCACGCCGUGAUCCGCGCGGGAGUGUGGAGAGGGUAUUACACACACUCAUCUGAUGAUAUACAUAUAUGUUCCAUCUCGCUUUGCGCAAAUUCAUCCAAUGAUUACUCUCCAUCAACCACCUGUCCUUUUCUCCGCCUCACUUCAUCUUUGUUUUGUUCCUUCUCUUGCUCAACCGGUGAAAAGACUACUGCAACAGCAAACAGCACGAAAAUCGCAAAAUUCCCAGAUUUUUUAGUAAGACUGUAAGGUUUUGUCGCUUGGAAUACGUAUCGUCCUUGAAAUACACGCCUGGUGGUUCCAUUUCGCGGUUUUUUCUGCUGAUCAUUGUAAUUUGGAUAUAAUUAUUGCAGAUAAUAGACGCCUAAACCAUGGAUGACAACUGGGAUGAUUCUGACUCUACAGUCACACCAUCAGCGAACAUAGGUGUAGCAUCCGAAGGUGGCAGAAACUUCUCGGCGGGUCGCGGUUUCAAGAACGUCAAAGAAGCCGAUGACGACGAAUGGGGCACCGGCGCAGGCGGCUUUGGAAGUAGCGCAGGCGGCUUUGGAAGUAGCGCAGGCGGAGACGAUCAAUGGGGAGACGCGUCCGGUAGCGCUGGAGGUGGUGGCGGUGGCGGUUAUAGAGGGGGCAGAGGAGGCGGUCGCGGUAGAGGCGGAGGACGUGGAGGUGGCGGCCGUGGAGGCCGUGGAGGCGGUUUUAGGAACGACCGAAACGGAGACGGUGGAGGCGGGUACAAGAGCGAUCGGAAUGGCUUUAGUGGUGGCAGCAACGAUGACGGCUGGGGUGAUUCUGGUGGAGAUACAGACGGCUGGGGCACAAGUGGAGGCCGCGGUGGUCGGGGUGGUGGAAGAGGUCGCGGAGGCGGUCGUGGAGGCAGAGACGGGGCAGGUUUCGGUGAUAGGGACGGCGAUAGAGGUGGCAAAGGAGAAGAGCCGGUCAAAAGGGAGAUUUAUGUGCCUCCCGAAAGGACCACUGAUGAGGAGCUUUUUACCACUACCAUUACCUCAGGGAUCAAUUUCGUCAAGUUGCAUGACAUUGAAGUUAAUGUGAGCGGCGAUAGUGUUCCGCCACCGAUUCAAACGUUUGAUGAAUCUGGCCUCAGGCCGCACCUGCUAGAAAACGUUAAGAAGUCCGGAUACACGAAGCCUACUCCAAUUCAGAAGUAUGCAAUACCGAUCGUUAUGGCUGGCCGAGAUUUGAUGGGAUGUGCUCAGACUGGUUCUGGCAAAACGGCUGCAUUUCUGUUACCGAUGAUCCACUAUCUGCUAGAAACAAACGCGCCUCUGACCAUAGAAAACGGAUGUUGUUAUCCACAAGUGGUCAUCUUAUCUCCAACCAGAGAACUGUGCAUUCAAAACUUCGAGCAGGCAAAAAAAUUCUCAUUUGGCUCCUUCCUCAAGUGUGUCAACUUGUAUGGUGGCACCUCUGUCGGCUACCAGAGGAAACAUACUGAGUUGGGCUGUCAUAUUCUUGUGGCUUGUCCUGGACGUCUAGUUGACUUCGUGCAAAAGCGGUGCGUAAACUUUUCAUCGGUCAAGUUCUUUGUUCUUGACGAAGCUGACCGAAUGUUGGACAUGGGCUUCUUACCAAAGAUAGAAGAGAUCUUGGGAGAUGGAAGCAUGGUUGCCACAGGUGACCGCCAAACGUUGAUGUUCUCAGCUACAUUUCCUGAAGAAGUUCAGCAUUUAGCGGGAAAAUUCCUGGCUAACUAUAUUUUUGUUGCGGUAGGAAUAGUUGGCAGCGCCUCGUCAGAUGUUGAACAGGUGUUCCAUCAAGUUACGCAAUUCAAAAAAAGGGAGAAACUGAUUGAAAUGCUGAAAAAUAGCGGUAACGAAAAAACAGUAGUAUUCGUGGAGACGAAAAGAAACGCGGACUUUUUGGCCACGCUGCUCAGCGAGAAUGACAUCGAGACGACGAGCAUUCACGGUGAUCGGUUGCAAAGGGAAAGGGAGCAGGCGAUCUGGGACUUUAAGAAGGGCAUUCGUAACAUCUUGGUGGCCACUGGCGUAGCUGCCAGGGGCUUGGACAUCCCGGGGAUCCAACAUGUGAUCAAUUACGAUCUACCGAAUGCUAUCGACGAGUAUGUUCAUCGUAUUGGAAGAACUGGUAGAGUAGGUAACAGAGGAAAAGCAACAAGCUUUUACGACCCCGAUACAGACGCCAGAAUAGCCGGAGGUCUUGCAAGAAUUUUGAAACAAGCUGGUCAAGAAGUUCCCGAUUGGCUGGGACGAGGAGGAUCCUCUGCGGGCGGAUCCAGCCAUAGAUUUGGAGGAAGAGAUAUCCGAGACGGCGAUUUUGGAAAAGACAGGAAUCUCGUGAAGGAAGUAGCAGAGGAAGUAGAAGAAGAAUGGUGAUAAACCAAUAAAUUAUUAUGCUUUGGCGGAUUCACAAGAUUCAUGUUUAGUGCACUUGCUUGAAAUCAAAAUAACUGUAAGAUUGCUAUGACUAAGCAAAAGACAAUAAAAAACCUUGGGUCUAAAUUAUUUUGAUGUGGCUUCUAGUGAUCCAUCAUAUUGUCUCUAUGGUAAAUAUAGGGUAAAUGCGGGAGAGUUGCCGCACAUUCCAAAGAAAGGUUAUAUUUUUGAAAUUAUUUAUUUUUGAACAUUGAAAACUUAACACAAAUAAAUGUAACUCUUAAACUCUCAGUAUGAGUAUAAAUAAAACAUAAGACUCUGAUAGAAUAUACAGGGUGUCCGCAAAGUUGGGGUUUUCCUUUUCAGAAACAACUACCCUUGAAAUAACAAAGGUAAUGUGUAGUGAAACGAGGGCGACCAAGUAAAAAGUACUCACUCUCCAGUUGACGAGAAGGGCUAAGUACGUCUCUGCCCGAAAUCAUACCGCUCCAACAGAAAAUGAAAUCAGCUGAAGCGCUACCGAGUAGACGCAGAAACCACAUUGAUUGUCUUACACUUAAUGGCACAUCUUCUAACAAGGAAGGCAAAAUGUUGCGUGAAAAGUCUAGGUAUUGCAUCCCGUCCAAUCUAUUUGGGAGAAUAAAUGGUCCAAUGAGCAUACCGCUCACCAUGCCAGCCCAAACAUUCACCGAAAAUGUUUGUUGAAAAUGACCAAACAUCAGUGUUGCGAAAGUUAUUCACCCCAUUACGCGUGAACGUAGAUUCGUCUGGCACCAAUAUGCACUUCAAAAAGUCCGGAUUAUUGUCAUGUUGAUGCAACAACCACUCACAAAACCGCACUCUUGCUGGAAAAUCGUCAGGUUGAAGGGCUUGUACACGUUGGACGUGAAACGGAUACAGCGUUUGCCACACUUUAGUUUUUGAUACUUGCACUUCUCUAGCUACGUCUCUAGUGCUUGUUGCUUUUUGAAACGCAAUCGAUUCGUUUACCUCUACACGCGUGACUGUAACCGUCGGUUGAAGGUUGCAUACUAACCUGACACACUGACCCCGACCCAGUUCUGCCGUCGGGUUGAGACCUUGUACCAGUCGGGGGUAUCCCGGCGGGUCGCGGCUACAGGACGGUAUUCAGAUAUUUUUGAUGUUGCAGAGCCGUUUAUCUCGGUUCCCUUAAGACAUUGGUGUAUAUGGUACUAAGAAAAAUUGCUUAUGUUUUCAAGAUCUACACGUCGUGUAAAGGAAAACCCCAACUUUGCGGACACCCUGUAUAUAGAAAAACAUUGUUUUAGUGUUUACAACGCGGCGUCUCUCCCGACCAUCUGGAUGAGAUGCCGCAGGAAAAGGGGUGAGAUGCCGCAUACCUUAAGUUGAGUAUUUGGUGUUUUUUUCGCAUAGUUUCUGUCUAGAACACACAUUACAGACCUCUCCAUACAUCGUGCAAGUUUCGUGCAACCACUUUUGACACUUUAAACAUUUUAGCCAGUCCUCUUUCUUCGUAGUUUGCUCGUAAGGUUCGUAACACUCCACGCACAAAUAUUCAUUAUCAUCAUGACCGUCGUUUUUGGCCCUUUUCAUGGGAAUUUUAUCAUCAUCAUCUGAAGUCCAAGUGUUAUUGCUGACUUUUGCGUUGGAAGUGGCUUUCUUGAUCAUUUUUACGAGGGGCUCAUCAUCAUCUGAACUCCAGGUGUUAUUGCAGGUUUUUGCUUUGGAAGCGUCUUUUUUCACAUGCCUAUUAAUUUUCUUGCUGGGACCAGCUCCAGCACUGUCAUCUUUUUUCCUUCCUUCCGCUUUUUUGUUGCUCUUGCGUUGGAUGUUUUAUUCUUUUGUUUCAGUUUUUCAAUAUUUUGCGGCGAAUUCAAAACAGGCGCAGCUUGUUUUUUUCUGCUAAAUAAUGGAAUUGGAAGCACAGGAACAGGAGACACCUCAUGGAGAAGCUUUGUUGGCGUAAAUUCAGGUCCAUCGCCUUCUACUAUGUCAUCUACAACUUGAUCAUUACCAGUUUGUUUUUGAUGGACCUGGAUCAAUUAAGUUCAACCCUACUGCAGCUUCGGGACUCACAUGCCGCAGUGGCUCCACUUUCUCACGUGCGUAUGCAGGUGGAGUAGCUGCGUAAUCAGCCACAAAAAAAAUUAUCCGGGAUAGCAUUUGGGUCCAAUGGAUAAACUCCAGUGGCUUUAAACCCAUUGAUAGCAUUAGCUAAACACGCUGCUUUCAUCCACGCUUUUCCAAUAACUUCUCCAGCCCGGUAUCUCGCGAAAUUUCUGUUACUGUGGUGUUUCAUCCAGAGGUGAGCUUCUUGAUUGAAAUAAACUUUAAAUGGACGAAAGAAACUCCUGUCAAGUGGUUGGAGAGCCUAUGUACAGUGACUGGGCAAACAAAGGAUAAUAAUGUCGUUCUCAUCCGCUAUCUGAAGCAUUUCUAUAUUUGUGCUGUGAGACGUGUGACCGUCAAGAAUUAACACGCACUUACCGGCUGGUUUAUGUGGUAUGAAUUGCUCCACCAACCACUGAACGAAGAGCUCCGAAUUAAUGAAGGAAGACUUUCUGUUCAUGUUCACCUUAGAUCCAGGGGGCAAGCCAUCUGAAAGCACCGGUUUUCUGUUAACCCCUUUAAAAAUAAGAACUGGAGGAAUAAACGUGCCAUCUGCACUGCAGCAAGCAAUCACUGUGACAUUCUCUCCGCGUUCUUUCGACGUUAAUACAUGUACAUCUUUGCUACCUUUCUUCGUUACAACUUUACUAGGUUUAUUUAGGAGUUGUACGCCUGUUUCAUCCAUGUUAAAUAUACAAGAAGGUUUUUCCAUUAGACCAUUUUUUGUUAAAACUUCAUCCAGCAACUCAAAGAAUCUUCUAGCGUCCUCUCGAUUCAUUCCCUGAGCCCUUGAGAACGAUAGACCCUCAGCUUGCCUAACGAACAAUUCAGGAUUUCUGUCCAAGAAUGAAUGAAGCCAUGCAAAUCCUGCCUUUUCUGUUGCAGCUGAAAAUGGAUGUUUUAUCCAUAGCUUUUCAGCAAACCUAAACGCAAGUGUUCUAACUGUGCUUCUGUCUGGAGCAAAGCCAACGACUGACAAACGAUGAAUGUGCGCAACUAGUCUUGUUACAUUGGCCCUGCCCAAAAUUCCUAAAACAAACAAAUGCUCAUGAUUUAUCGCAAAAUUAUUUUCAAAGAGAUUCCUUCUGCGCCAAGGGCACCCUUCUUGAAAUUGCCAGAUGUUAUUCUCCUUUUUAUGGUACUAGGGGGUACAUUAUAGCGCCUGUGUGUCUCCCUUUUAGAUAUUUCUCCUGUCUGUACUUUUGUUACAGCCUCCAUUAGUUGCUCAUCCGACCAGGUGACCCUUGAUCGAGCUGUAUUUGAUGGUAUGUACUUACGAGGCAUGAUCUAUAGACAGAAACAUAUAAAAAUAUUGUUACACUUUUCCCAAAUUAAUGCUUUUUUCAUUUUUUCAAUUAUUAUUAUAACAUUUUUUUCAUUAAAAGCGUCAGAAGUGCAAAAGUCAUGUGAUAACGAAUGCGGCUUCUCUCCCGUUAAUAAAAGCGGCGACUAUCCUUUUUGUGGGGAUAGACUGCCGUCUGUUAGAAGUGUUAACGAAAUUACUCAACUUUUACACAGCAGCCUCCAUACUGAGCUACAGUCCUAACAAAACCCAUGACGGCACAAGAUACUACGCGUAAGAUUUGUAAUACACCUAAACCAAAUUAUGCUUAAAAUAUUUACCACGGUUUGUGUACUUACGGAUCUUAAAAUCCCAGAUAUUUUGUCGACUAUCGCUUCGAUGGCACAAAUCACAAACUACCGGUCACUUUGCAGUAUUCAUCUACCACAUAUUGCGGCAACAGCUCCAUCUCUCGAGCCUAUGGGAAAUUACAACCUCCUGCCGCGGCAUCUCUCCCGCAUUUACCCUAUCAUUAAAGUGAAACUCUCCAUGAAAAUGAAAUUUUAAUAUUUUGUUUAUUAAAGUAUUAAGUUUAACUGUUACUGAUUUAUUGAAGAAUAUUUGAUUUAAUGUAUAACCAAAAAGAUUCAGACAUUUUUAGUGGAGAUUCUGUAACAGUAUUAGUGUUUGAAAAAUAUAAUUUUUAUAGUGAACUACUUGUCUUCAAGGUAUAGAUGUAUGACAAAAUCUGUCAUCGUUUUCUGUACCAGAAUCGAUUUUGUAAUAUACUAUUUUGUUACUAAUUUUCAGCUGACUGUGAUAUCAUUUAUCAUUCUUGACGUACUGUUUUAAAGUAAAAAGUUUUUUAUUUUAGCGAAAAAUAAGGCACUUAUAUUGAAUCAAUUUGAAUCCGUCUUCUUCUCUGUUAUCUGCAACAUGUUGUUUUAGUUAUAAGGACAAUCCAGAUAACAAUGCAGGUGUUCAACAUUUUGUGCGUAUGGGGUAUUUUUUUGUUCUCAUUUUCCGUUGCCUGUGUUGUUAAUGACUGGAAGUUUUUGUGUUAAGUUUGUACAAUUUAAGGAUAAUUACUUUAAGUUAAGAGCCAUAUAACAUGCUGUGAUACUAAAAUUAGUGAUCUGUUAUAUGGUGUAGAAACAAUCGAUUAAAGUAUUUUGUACAAA